CGGCCCUCAGCAGCAGCAGAGCUCAGAGUGAGUGUCAGCUGGCUGAGCAGAGCAUGGUGGCAGAGCAGAGCAGCAGGAUAGGGUGUUGGUGUUGGGUUCAGGAGAGUCAGAGGAGCCAGACAGUUUGGAUCAAACAGUUUGGAUCACACGUCCGACUCCUCAAAGCGUAGAUAUGUUUGAUAACUCCAACUACCCCUUCAACUGUUUCAACUACGAUGGAGACGGAUACCCUUCCUCCAGCACAGACGAAGAGAAGAAAAUGUGUAGACCCGCAUACAGCUACAUAGCUCUGAUCGCCAUGGCCAUCCAGCAGAGCCCUGAGCAGCGGGUCACUCUGUCGGGCAUCUACGAGUUCAUCAUGAAGAGGUUUCCUUACUACCGCUCCAACCAGAGAGCCUGGCAGAACUCCAUCAGACACAACCUGUCUCUCAACAGCUGCUUCAUCAAGGUUCCUCGGACAGAGGGCAAUGAGAAGGGAAAGGGAAACUACUGGACUUUUGCCACCGGUUGUGAAUCCAUGCUUGACCUGUUUGAAAACGGCAACUUUCGGCGUCGCCGGCGCAGGAGGAACAUGAAAAUCGGCUUCCGUGAUUCGGGAGAAACCCCUUUCCACCCUCUGGAGAGCCACAGCAAUCAGCACGUACCCGCGGCUCGGCGCCACGAACCCGACGCCACCCUCUGCCCUUUGAACCCUGAGAGGCCGAGGACAGGCCCCCAGCAGAACCACCUCAUCCCGAACCCCACCCAGCAGGGGAAACCAGAGUCAGAGAUCAAGUUUAGCAUUGACUACAUCCUAUCCACUCCGGAUCCACCCCUGCCUGGGUUCAGAUCCUCCCACGGCCCCGUUCACAUAGGGCCCACGGGGCCUCCCAUACACGUCCUGGAGCCCCAACAUCUCAACCUGCACUUCUGGACUCUGUAAGAGGAGAGACUGAAUUUAUUCCUUCAUUAUUACGUCUGUGUCCAAAACUGGGAAAGUACUAUAAGGACAUCCAAAGACAGAGGAGAAACUCCACAAGAGGAAUUUUACUGACUUGAAAAUGUAAAUGAGGAACAAAGGUACAGUAUUGUGUGAUGGAUUCUAGAUGGAAAAAAAGUCACUUAAAGAAAGCAUCAUGCUGACUAAGAAUUCAUCCUAAAGAUAAAAUGUGAACAACACAGCAUUCAUAUUGUAUGUGCAGUGUCUAGUGCUGACAUAGACUAGGUUUACAGUAUUCUCUAUAAGUAUAUACACAGGAGCUGUGAGCACAAAUAUGACGUGUUUAACAAUGCUUUAAAAAUAGGCAAAACAAGCUCCAUUGGAUUAUCUUCAGAUUAGAUGUUGAAAUGGUUUUCUUCAUAAAAGAAGAAUUUAUUCAGCAUCGUA